AUGCUGGUUCCGACAAAUGGAGUUGCUCGGUACAACGCUGGCCAGCCUCUUCUAUCACCACAUUUCAUCUUCAACAAGCCAUUUGAUACACAGAAUGAUUUUCUGAGGCAUCAUCGUCCAACUUCUUCCGGUACUAGUAACAGACAUCACCACAGACUGAAACCGCUGAGGUUGAAGAAGAACAACAAUAAUGAACCAAAUGACACUGAUAGCGUAACGUCCAUAGUGGAACGUGUCUCGAGCUUACUUGCUGCUCCAACCCCUGGUAUUGUUCCCAAUUUGGCACUCGGAUACCCUUUGCUAUUGGCAACAACAUUCCUAUUUUUUCCAAUACCAAGUGCUGCGCUUUUGCUUGGUUUCUUUACAGUCUUUUCCCUCGCUGGGCGCAAACUAAUACAAGAAGACUAUUUAGAAGAAAAGAAGGAAGAGGCCUUAUUAACUGAUAUUGACAAUGACGACGACUUUUUCGAUAAACCGCGGACCGAUUUACUGGCCUUAGGUUCAGCCAUUCUGUGUACUGCUCUAUUUGACCCUGAUACUGGAAACAACAAUGGACGACUCCUGAGACUGGACGAAUUUCCAUCAACGGGCACAAUACUGGUACUACUUGCAAUAUUCUCGACUAUUCUAGUGCUCGGGGCGAAUAGUGAACAAACAACUGAAACAGUCUCACCACAGCAGAAACUCAUGCAACUUUGGGAUGACCAACUGGCCGAAAACACCGAUGACGAGACGCAAGGGAGGAGUUAA